GGGCGCACGAGAGAGGAAGGAGGCCGGAGGAGAGCAGCGCCUGGCCGGCUUUCUGUUCCCGGCGCCGAACAAAAGCGGGAGGAGGGCAUGUGCGAAGGCGAGGGGGGGCGUUGUUGUCUCUCCUCCCCUCCCUCCCUCCCUCCUUCCUUCCCCACGAGUCCCAUCCUCGCCGCGAAGCGCAUGAGCGAGGCGCGCCCUGCCGGGGAGCAGAGCAGAGCGCAGCGCGCGCGCGCAGCCGGUGGACGCCGCCGAAGGAAGGGACCAGCCAGGGCGGCCGGCGAAGCGCGGAUCGCCGCUCCUCCUGCGGGUAACGUUCCAGCGGGGAUCCGGGCGGGCAGACAUUCUGGGCCCAUAACUCCUGAGGGUGAGUCCGUCAUUCGGGCUGAAAAUUCACCAUCCACUCUAGGUAGCUGAGUGAGGAAUAAGCCAUGCCUGUCCUGUCAGAAGAUUCAGGUUUGCAUGAGACCCUCGCCCUCCUGACGUCACAGCUGAGACCCGACUCCAACCACAAGGAGGAAAUGGUGUUCCUGAGAGACAUCUUCAGCGAAAGGAGUCUCAGCUAUUUAAUGAAGAUUCACGAAAAGUUGUGCCAUUAUGAAAGGCAGAGCCCGGUCCCAGUUCUGCACAGCGCCUCGGCUCUAGCUGAAGACGUUAUAGAGGAAUUGCAGACUACGCCAAUGAAUAAUGACGAAAAAGAGCUGCUGCAGUUGCUUUCCACUCCUCAUCUCAGGGCCAUGCUUGCUGUCCACGACACGGUUGCCCAGAAGAAUUUUGACCCUGUCCUCCCUCCUUUGCCGGACAACAUUGAUGAAGAUUUCGACGAGGAGUCUGUGAAAAUAGUUCGCCUGGUGAAGAAUAAAGAGCCUUUGGGUGCGACAAUCAGGCGGGAUGAGCACACUGGAGCUGUGAUCGUGGCGCGGAUCAUGAGGGGAGGGGCUGCUGAUCGUAGCGGUCUUGUUCAUGUUGGAGACGAGCUGCGGGAAGUCAACGGGGUUGCUGUGCUUCACAAACGACCGGAAGAAAUUAGUCAGAUUUUGGCGCAGUCCCAGGGGUCGAUAACGCUGAAAAUAAUCCCGGCUGUCAAAGAAGAAGAUCGCCUGAAGGAAAGCAAGGUGUUCAUGAGAGCCCUCUUCUCCUACAACCCAAAAGAGGAUAAAGCAAUCCCAUGCCAGGAGGCCGGGCUGCCAUUUCAGAAAAGGCACAUCUUGGAGGUGGUGAGCCAGGACGACCCGACGUGGUGGCAGGCCAAACGUGUGGGCGACACGAAUCUCCGGGCAGGGCUAAUCCCCUCAAAGCAGUUCCAAGAAAGGCGUCUGAUGUACAGAAGGACCAUUGGAGCGCUGCACAACGCCAGAAGCGUCACAAAACCGCUCUACGAUCAAUCUUCUGAGAAAGCAGAAGACUGUGAUUGCGAAGGAUACUUCAAUGGGCAAUAUAUAGCUGGCUUGAGACGGAGUUUCCGGCUGAGUCGAAAGGAAAAGCAGAAUGGCCAGAGUGAAGCCAAGCAGGUCGAACAGCCUCACCCCUCGGAGCUCCUCACCUACGAGGAAGUGGUCAAAUACCAGCAGCAGCCAGGAGAAAGAAAGAGACUGGUGGUUUUGAUUGGUUCUUUGGGGUCCCGUUUGAACGAGCUCAAGCAGAAGGUGGUGGCUGAGAACCCGCAGGAGUAUGGCGUUGCCGUGCCACAUACCACAAGGUCGAAGAAGAGCCACGAAAAGGAAGGCGUGGAGUACAAUUUUGUUUCCAAGCAGUCGUUUGAGACAGAUGUGCAGCAUAACAAGUUUGUAGAACACGGGGAGUAUAAAGAGAAUCUCUACGGGACAAGCCUGGAGGCAAUUCAGUCGGUCAUGUCCAGAAAUAAAAUUUGCCUUGUGGAUGUCGUGCCUGAGGCUGUGACGCACUUGAGGACGGCGGAGUUCAAGCCGUAUGUGGUGUUUGUGAAGCCUCUCAUCUCAGAAAAGAAAAAGAACGCCCCAGCGUCUCUCCUGACCGAUGAAAUCUUCGUCCCGCUUGAUGAGGAGCAGCAAGAAAUGCUCAGCUCGGCUGCCUUCAUCGAAGAGCAGUACGGCCACCUGAUUGACACUGUCCUGGUGAAGGAAGAUCUGCAGAGUGCCUGCAGCCAGCUGAAAACCAUCCUGGAGAAACUGAACACAGACUCUUUCUGGGUGCCAGUCUCUUGGGUCAGGUUGUAGUCUGCUAUGCUGUGCCAAAGAAAGAAAGAACGAACAAACGAAAGAGAACGAGAUAUACCUGUUUGAUAAUGCGCUGUAAAUAAUGUGGAUGAUCAAAAGGAGUAGGGGAAAAUGGAACUCUGCUGGAGCAGCCAGUUUGCUUGGGAUGAAAACAAAGAGAAACCUUCCUCUGUGUGGGAGCAGAUUCUAAUGCAAUCGGAAAAAACACACGUUGCAAUGGAAUGGAAAAGCGCCGCAGGAUACAAUCCAGAGAUUUUUGUUUUGUAUGCCACUGGACAAUAGUCAUGUCAGAUUCCAGGUGUCUGGACAGAAGCCUUUAGCUUUUGGGAAACUUGCAAUUGUGUUUGUUUGUUUGUUUGUUUGCAGCAUUUCUAGGUUGUGCUGUAACGAAGAUCUUAGGGCUACUCAUGACAAAAAUAACAAUAACAGGAUGAACAAAGAAGUAUAAAUGCAGUGUAAAAUAAAAAGGCUCCGUAUGUGGUGGUUCCAGGCAAAGACUGCAAAAAAUAUUAGGAAGAAUACACAAGCUCAGUUUUUCUGUUGAUCACUGCAAUCCUGGAUGGAUAAAUUCAGUGAAAGAGUUAAGUUCAUGUAACAAAAUAAGGUACUUUUAUUCGUUCAUUUAUUUACUUCUUAACCAGGCUAGAACUGGGAGAGCUCUUAUUCAGAUGGUAAAAGUUGGUGCUUUUUUGUGAAAGGCAAUAUCUCCCAGGGCAAAUCAGCAAGGCUCUUAACUUCCUGCCUGAAAAACGAACCAUGUUAUGUAACCUAAAUAUAGCCCCAACUAUAGCUAACUAUAUUUUGAGCAGUCAAAGACCAUCGGGGAUUGUUUCUGUCCCUCCUAUUGUAUUUGCAAGUUGCCCUAAAUAAUGGACUAAGAAGUGUGUUUGAAGCACGGGAAACUUUCCAUCUUUCUAACCGGAAAAAACAACUAUUUAGAAAUAAAAUCCCAAAUAAACAAAUGGCUAGGGAGGUAUAUAUGCAGGGAUGUCCCCAGAAUAUGGGUUUUCAUGGCAGCUUUGUGGAUUGUAUGUGUUUGCUGGCAUUGUUUGUUGGAAGAGGGAGUUGUGGGAGUCGUUUAUAAGUGUGAGGAGUCAGGAGACUGCCAGUAUGUUUCUUGCUUGUUUUAGUUUCUUCCCUGACCCCCACCCCCUGCACUCCAAAAAAUCCAUGCAGAUUUUAUAUUCCAGUGUAAUAAUAUUUCCAUGUGCAUUUAUUUGUAAUAAUCCCAUAGAGGAAGACUUUCCAGCAGAUCUUCCUGGGGCUGUUAAUGUGUGUCAACCAAAACCUUUAUUGUGAACUUUCCAUUCAAAACUCAAGUUCUCAGUAUGCUUAUGAUUUAGACCGGUGGUCUUCAACGUUUUCAGACCCAAGGCCCACCAGAUGCAUUGGGGGGGGGGCGCGGCUAUUUCUUUAUUAUUAUUUUUAACUAUUUUUUAAAAUGGUGGUAGUGCUGCUGUCACGACCCACAUUAGAUCAAUCUGUGACCUAGUACAGUCGUAUCUUGGAUCCCGAAUGCCUUGAGAGUCGAAUGUUUUGGCUCCCGAAUGCCGCAAACCUGAAAGUGCAUGUUCUGGUUUGAGAACGUUCUUUGGAACCCAAAUGUCCGACGGGGCUUCUGUGGCUUCCGAUUGGCUGCAGGAGCUUCCUGCAGCCAAUCGGAAGCCGUGCCUUAGUUUCCAAAUUUUGGAAGUUGAACGGACUUCUGGAACGGAUUCUGUUCGACUUCCAAGGUACCACUGUAGUGGCUUCUGACCCACAAGUUGAAGGCCAAUGAUUUAGCCCAUCCGUUUCAAAAUUGCAUUUGAAGGGUUGUUUUUUUUUUAAACUUACCAGUGGUUUGUUCUUCAACGAACCAGUUAACUGUAGCAGACAUGCAUCGUUGAAAGAGACUUUAUCCACCAUUGCUAGCCUUCAGCAGGGGAUAUCGUGGUGUGCUCUAUGAUACCCAUCUCAGUUGAUGUGAGCAGAUGGUUUAAGGACACUGACUUGCAUAAAUAGAGUGUCAACCUUGGAACAUAGCCCAAGGUCAUGGGAAGGAAGCAUGCGGGGGUUCCAUGGCAGAUGCUCAGGUGACCCUCAGCGGACAAAACAAUGCUGAAAAGGGUUCCUUGAAGGUAGAGAGCUGGAAAAAUCACACUGGUUUGAUUCCUCCUGUAUAAAUAAUUCGCUUUGUGAUGUUAAAAGUGGGACAAUCCAUCAUCUCAGCUUGAGUUGGCACACUUCGUAGAUGUCAUUAUUUUUCUAUGGCUCACUGUCUGGAUGAGAGCUGUGGAGUUUUGUUUACUUGUGCUGUACUCUCGGAUGUACUCCCCAAUUGUUUGCCCCGAAUUUCAAUCCCUGUUUCUAGUCUGAAGAAUGUUUGAAGUAUAUUCUUUUCCCCACCCCUUCUUCUUCCUUUGAUUGGCGUUUGAUGUAAAUGCUCCUAUUCCAUCACUAGGUAGAUAUUGCUACGUAGCGGAAGUUGCCUUAUCAACUUCCUCGUGCAUCUCGGCUGCAUUCAGCGAAAGCUAUCAUUUAUUUUGUCCCCACGGCGGCUUAUUCUGUGAGACCGGGCUGUGCAUGUCCUGCGCAAGGAAGCAACUGCCAGAGAACACAAACUGCAUGUGAGGAACCUCUUGCUGAGAAAGGGCUGCUCCUGUGUGUGCAUGAGGCAUUUUCAGCCUUGCGUGCUUAAAUACAAAUGAUUACUACAGCUACCUGGUGACAGAUGAUCUAGUAAUAUUGGCAAACACUCCAUGCUUUCAGUUCUUAUCCAUGGUGCAAUGCGGUGGAAAGGAGAAAGAUUUGGUACAUUUUCUCUCAGAACUAUCGGUAGAACGGGGAAUAACACAUUGCCUCAGUUCAUUCCGACCUAAGGCAGCCUAUGGACACCUAGGAACAAUACUUUCCAUUUGCGAACAGCUUUAAUAUGUGCCAUUCAGCCAUAUGCAUCUAUUUUUUCUGUUCAGAAGUAAGUCUGCUGAGUUAGGUUUGGCUUACUCCCAGGUAAGUGUGCUUAGGAUUGCGGCCGUGGGCAGUUUUGCUGGCUUCUGGCAAGGUUUGGAUGUUUUCUUUUCAUGUGUGCUACUUCUCUGAAAUAAGCACAAUCAGCCAUAUUGGCAUUGAGCCAUCCCUGCUUGCCUCACCUUAAUGUCUUCGCCCGCCCCCAAUCUGUACAGUGGGAUGCAAUCCCAUCUCUACUCUUGUUUCAUUAUUUCAAUAAGUUUUGUGAUACUCAGUAUUUGAAUUAAUCUUUGGCAAAGAAAUACUUUCAAAUGAGCACUGGUGCCCUGAUGUUCUUAAUUUAAUAAAUAUAUUUAUCAUGGGA